AUGGCAAGCUACGCGGCGGGGAAGAAGGCGGAGCGGUGGCAACAAAAGAACGGCGGAAGGAGUAGGAGCUGUCAGGCUCAGUUUCCUCUACUGCUCGCGCUUCAGGCUCUUGCGCGCCUCUCCAUUGCUACACUACGCGAAGGAGGAGGAGCGGCUGCAGUCGCCGAGGAAGAGCAAGGGCGGAGGUGGAUGAAUCACCGCCGGAGGAGGUCCGAGACGAAGGCGCGGCGCGACAUGGGGUGGGAUGAGGACGGAGUCGGCCAGUCGGGUGUUUACUUUAGGGUUUGA